CAACGUCUCAAAAUCCAGUGCCAUGCUGGUCCUGCAUUGGCGCCGGUACCCAUUUAGUAGGAGUACUAGUACGUAGCACCAAGCAUGAUUACCGCACAGUGAUACAAAAUACAUGACAUACACGGACAAAACAUACAACAAGCCAUUAUUCCCUUCCUCCCUCCGCCCAGCGCCACAACUCCGCGCACAGCCAAACCCAAAGACGCGGCCUUUGACCCGCUCCCCGCGCCGUCGCCCUCGGCCGUCGCGGCGUCCAUGGCCGCGGAGGCCGCCUCUGGCCCGUCGUCCUCCGCCCGCCCGCCCGCCGCGUUCCCGGCCACGCGCCAGGAAAUCCAGGCGGCCAUCGCCAAGGCCACCGAGCUGCGCGCGCUCCACGCCGCGCUCCUGCAGGGCGGCGGCGCCAAUGCCGCCGCGUGUGCCGCCUACGCUGGCCGCAGCCCCGCCGUCAUCCGCGUGCCGCCCGCCGCGUCGCCGGCGUUCCCCAGGGCCGCUGCCGUCGCCGAGGACUACCCCGUCUUCACCCCGGCUUAUGGUGAAGAGCCUUUGGGUGGAAUGAACUGCAUUCGCCAAGACAACCGGAGCCUAUCUGAGAACUGGAGCGGAAUCGGUCUAGACCAUGAAGGUGCUGAAGAUGAGGUGGCCUUCUCGGAUCUCGACAAUCACAACACAUUCUCUUCGUCCAACAGCGAGCUCCAUUUCUCUUCAUCAAAUGAGCAUACGCGGAACAGAAUCCCUCGUAGAAACCAUCAUUCAUUCCUUCAUCCUGCUCUCUCUGCUGACAGCUUCCUCAAGUCGGCCAGCAGGAGAACAGAUUCAGCAGAAUCGAAGGCUACGACCACGUGCAACACUUGCAAGCCUGCGACAAUCAGCAGGGGCCCUGAAGCUGAUGCCAAUGCUCUGAAGAACCUCAGCAGUGUUGUGCCACAGUCGAAUCACCACCCCUCCGUCGGCUCGCGUACAAGGCAAAAAGGGACAAACGUGCUCUCAUGGCUGUUACCCAAGUCGAAGAGGAAGACGAAAUCAGACAUGUCACCGAGCACCGCCGAAUGUGAGAACAUGUCGCAGCUUCUCAAGGAGUGGGGGGUGUUUUCACUAGAAUCUCUGAAGAAGGAGCUUGCUGAGGCCAAUGAGCAUAGGGACGCUGCUCUUCAAGAAGUUGGAGAGAUGAGAUCGUCUUUGGGAGAACUAACUAGCAAGCUACUGAGCUUGGAAGCGUAUUCCUCAGAACUGAAGAAGGCUCUAAAGAAAGCAACGAGCACCAAAAACAACGUGCAAUCUCACUCGAAGCGAUCAGCGAGAUCAGUGGGUGUCAGCAGGGACGAUUCAUUGCCCGUCAGUCAGGAAGUAAUGGUGGAAGGGUUCUUGCAGAUAGUAUCGGAAGCCCGUCUCUCCAUCAAACAGUUCUGCAAGGUGCUGCUCCAGCAAGUCGAAGACGCCGACAAUGGGCUGGCAGAUAAGCUGAGCUUGCUCCUGCAGCCAUAUCAGCUCACACUCGCCGACAAGCACUCGAAAGUGAUACUGUAUCAUCUGGAAGCUCUGAUGAACCAAGCGAUGUACCAAGACUUCGAGAACUGCACGUUCCAAAAGAACGGGCCGCCCAGGUGCCUCGACCCCAAGCAGGACCUCCAGGAGAACUUCGCGUCGUUCGUCGCGCUGCGCAACCUGAGCUGGAACGAGGUCCUGAAGAAGGGCACCAAGUACUACUGCGAGGACUUCAGCCGGUUCUGCGACCAGAAGAUGAGCUGCAUCGUGUCCACGCUGAGCUGGUCGUGGCCGUGGGCCGAGCAGCUGCUGCAGUGCUUCUUCGUGGCCGCCAAGUGCAUCUGGCUGCUCCACCUUCUGGCGUUCUCGUUCAGCCCGCCGCUGAUGGUGCUGCGGGUCGAGGAAAACCGGGCCUUUGAUCCGAUGUACAUGGAGGAGAUCCAGGUUGAGCGGCAAAGGUCGCAGCAGAACCCGUCUCGGGUGAAGAUCAUGGCGAUGCCCGGGUUCUACGUCCAAGACCGGGUGCUGAAAUGCAGGGUGAUCUGCAGAUAUAGCUAGACCCCGUAGUGUAGUCCUGAGCUGGUAUCAUGCCUCUUGGUUUUGUUUUGACUGAUCUAUCUUGUUAGUAGCGUGAUGUAGCAUUUGCCUCUCGCGUGCGGUUGAUACCAUCUGUAAGAAAUAUUUAUGCUAAUCCUUAACGGGUAGAUUGAUAGUUUUUUA